GGCCGAGUCGCCGGGCUCUGUCGCCCGUGCCCAUUCGCCUCCUUGGCACCUGAGGGGGCCGCUCGGAGGGUCCUACGGUUUUCCCUGCUGCCGCUGCGGCCGCGGGGUCAGGGCCAUGUCCCGAAAGCAGGCGGCGAAGAGCCGGCCGGGCAGCGGCAGCCGGAAAGCCGAGGCCGAGCGCAAGCGGGACGAGCGGGCGGCGCGGCGGGCCCUGGCCAAGGAGCGGCGGAACCGGCCCGAGCCCGGCAGCGGCUGCGAGGAGGAGUUCGUCAGCUUCGCCAACCAGCUGCAGGCCCUGGGGCUGAAGCUGCGGGAGGUGCCGGGGGACGGCAAUUGUCUGUUCAGAGCCCUUGGUGACCAAUUGGAGGGACACUCACGAAAUCACCUCAGGCACCGACAGGAGACAGUGGACUACAUGGUCAAGCAGCGGGGCGAUUUUGAGCCCUUUGUAGAAGACGACAUUCCUUUUGAGAAACACGUGGCCAGUUUGGCAAAGCCUGGUACUUUUGCUGGCAAUGAUGCAAUUGUAGCCUUUGCAAGAAAUCAUCAAUUGAAUGUGGUGAUUCAUCAACUUAAUGCCCCUUUGUGGCAGAUUCGUGGUACAGAUAAAAGCAAUGUGAGGGAGUUACACAUCGCGUAUCGGUAUGGAGAACACUAUGACAGCGUUCGGAGAAUCAAUGACAACUCGGAAGCACCUGCACAUCUCCAGACUGAUUUCCAGAUGCUUCAUCAAGACGAAUCAAAUAAAAAAGAAAAGAUGAAGGCAAAGGGAGUUGACUUUGAAGAUGACCUGAGAGAUGAAGUGGAAGAUGCCGUCCAGAAAGUUUGUAAUGCAACUGGGUGUUCAGAUUUUAAUUUAAUAGUCCAGAACCUGGAAGCUGAAAAUUACAAUAUUGAAUCUGCAAUAAUUGCCAUGCUUCAGAUGAACCAGGGGAAAAGGAAUAGUGCAGAGGAGAACCUCGAGUCCAGUGGCCGAGUGCUGAAGCAGUGUGGCCCUUUAUGGGAGGAGGGUGGCAGUGGCACCAGAAUCUUUGGAAAUCAGGGCUUAAAUGAAGGCAGGACUGAAAACAAUAAGGCACUGGCCAGCCCUAGUGAAGAAAACAAAGCAAAUAAAAACCAACUCCCAAAGGCCACAAACAAACAGAGGAGAGAGCAGCAGCGGCUGGAGAAGAAGAAGCGGCAGGAGGAGAGGCACCGUCAGAAAGCCUUGGAGAGCAGGAGUAGCCACAGGGACAACAACAGAAGUGAGACAGAUGCAAAUACGCAGGUCACCUUGGUGAAGACCUUUGCUGCUCUCAACAUCUGACUCUCUGGCCCUCUGGGAGUUGUAAUAAGCUGAUGGAAAAUGGAAUGCUGUAUACAAGCUUCCCACUGAGACCAUUCUUUUAAAAAACGAAACACAACUGACAGAGUCCACAUAUCUGCUCACACACUAGGUUGGUUUCCUCCAAGCUGCCUCUUUUUUUUUGUUAGUGAUUGUGUUUUAUUUUAUGAAAGUGCAGUGAAGCCACUCACUUUGCAUAAUACAGGCUUAAAAUAUUGAGUUUUAGGGAUAGAUAGUUAGGUCAGGAAAAACCUGUUAAGUAUAGCUUUGCUUGCUCCAAAAAUCAGAGCUCAGUGACCCUGGGAUCUUAGCCCCAGGGGUGAGUUUUGCUGCAAUUGUUUGUGAAGUAGUUUGGAUUAAUUGUUAGAAAUUCAGAACACAUUUCCUUUGUUUCCCUUUCAUUUUCAAACAGACUAAUAGACAGGGUAGUUUGUAAACAAUCUGCAACUCAGGAACAUGUUUAGAUUUAAUUUUCUGCUAAUCUAAGUUACCAGUAAACUGUUCAGGAAAUGUUUUCCCAAAGUAAUAUGAUAUGGGGGCUGUGACGUGUAGUCAGGGUGGAAAUCAGCUGGAUUUCUCCCCUUGCAGAUUCUGUUGAGAUUUCAGCUGGAAUGCAGGCACUGUUAGAUAGUUUGCACUUGAGCCAUAUGAUGAAUGUGCCUGACUGUUAAUAAUUAGGCCUGGGCUGUGCAGGAAGAUUGGUAGUAUUGAGUCUUUGGUACCCAUUUCCCGACAGUGGGAAGGUUAGCUGUUAUUGUUUGUGACACAGUUCUGGGAUUCUGAUUGUAUGGAGAGCAGAGUCCAUAGUUGUGAAGUGAGAAAUCAAGGGAUCCUGGGGUUUUGCCCAGGAAGAAUCUGAAGAGUUAACUUCCUUUUGUAGGAGGAGAUAGUUCACAAGAAUUCCUAAGUUUUUCAAUGUUCACGUUUUAAGUAGCUACAUUUUCCUCUUUGCUAUUCUAGACUUACAAAGAUGGUUUCAGAGAAAUAAAGGUUACUUGACCUUAUAGGUUCCUAAAUUUUCCUAGUGUUGUGGAAAUUAUAUUCCAUAAAAUACCGCAUUUUUUUCUUUGAUGUUGGAAAAAUUCCCCAGAACCCACCAGAAGUUAUCAGAGAACAUACUUUGGCUAGGACCUUCAAAGGACUCCAUGGCUCUGAAAUAGGCAGAUUUGAGCAAUGGAGAGAUGUCAUUCCUAAAACUUAUGAGUUAGGUAGACAUGAACUUUAAAACUAAUUUAUAAGGUGGCCAAUCUUGGACAAGCUUUGCCUUUUGCAGACCUUGUGUUUGGGCAAAUAAGAUAUGUUGAAGCAAAAGUUAAAUUAUUAGUCAUCUCCCUCACCCCUCAAAUUUCAAAGUUACAAAGAUUCCCAGGAGGAGGGAAAACUUAAGUUUUGACAUGUAUAGAUAGAUCAUUGUCUGGGUUGUCCCAGGAUUUAUUGAGUUGUCUUUAUCAGUGGGCUGUUUGCUUUCUUAGGUUUUAAUGAUGUAUCUUAAUAUUUAUUUGUUUGGGUUUUGAUGACUUUUUGUGGUUGGGGCGUCAGUAGUCUCUGGGAAUGGCUCCCAGGACACUGGUUUGGGUGCAGGACAUUGUAAUAUUUAGCAGGAUUUUUCGUUGCAUGUUCAGAGCAUCCCAAGCUCUAGUACUCAGUCCAGACAAGUGAAGGAUCUCCGUGGCCCUCUGUCUCUAAGGGCUUGGGCCUCCAUGCUUCACAAUCCAUUGCUCUUUUGACUUUCUCCUCUGGGCAGAUUGCUGACUAUGGCUGAGUUUUUCUGAAGGAAUAGUCCUUGUCUGCCUUGUACUGUGAGAGUGCAGGAGUCCAGGCCCUUUCAGAGGGAUCAAGAUUGUGUACUAGAAAUUCAGCAGAAUUAGAAGUCAGAAGUAGCUUAAGGAAGACCCACGGACAGAAGGAGUAGAAAUUCUUUACUUACUGGGCUAAUGAAGGGCCUGUGGGCCUUAUUGGGUUUUAGGAGUUUAGGAGCUGCUAAAAAGUUACUAAAGAAUACUGGCAGAUUUAUCUAUAAAUUACCUAAUUCUGAUAAUAGACUUCAGCAUUUCUGGAGUAGCGUAAGAGUGGUUUUAAAAACUAAUCACAUGGCUUCAGUAAUUUUCUUUUAUUGCCAUCUCACAGCUUUCUGGUUAUAAUUGGUCUGUGUUUAGCUAGUACGCUGAUUAUUAGGAAUGGAGUGCAGGUAUUCAAGUGCAGUGGUAUCUUCUAGCUAAGGGUUUCAAUUUAGAAUUCACUGCCUCGGUCUCAUGGAAAUGGGUGGUAGAUGGAACCCGUAUGCCUGCUUGCCUUAGUGGGCACUUGACAGUUACUUUAUUAUCAGCCAAAGUGGGUGCUCAGUAUGUGUAGUCCUGGGGUAACUGUCGUCAGUAACUUACCCGAGGACAGUUGCUCAUGUGAACACCAGAGUGGCAACUUUGUCUUAACCUCCGGGGUGCAACUUGGCUGUUAGAGAUUUAGGUCACAUGGAAUUGUCUUGGUAGCUUUUAGUGAGGCCAGGAGAAAGGGUGUGGAGCAGUGGUCUGUAGCUGCUUAAAACCCAGAACCCAGUGCUUACUAGUCUUAUAAGCUGUAUAUAAAGGUUUUAUGGACUUUUAAAAAUAUUUUUUAAAGGUCAGAGUAAGAAAUAAAAUUUUAGUGGUAACAGCUUUGAACUAGAGAGGUAGAUAUAUUAAAACAACUUAGAACAACAACUUCUAAAUAAUGUAGUUGCCAUCAGGAGAUUAUUAGAGCAAUAGAAUGUAUGUGCAUAUUUAAGUUUUCAAUAAUAUGAAGAUGUGCUUUCAGGAGUGAAGUCUGGUUGAAGAAUUGUGGCAGAAAGAAGAAUCUUAAAUGUUAGUUAUGGUUGUCUAUAGUUUCUUUUAUAAGCUCUGAAAACACUUUUGAUUCCAAGGGCUUGUGAAGUGGGAUCUCCCUUGUGGGGCAGGAAGAGCUGGGCUUAGAGGAGGGAACCUUUCUGUAGGUAAUCUAUGAUGCCCUGCCCUGCUUUCCUGGGGAACCUUUCCAAUGUGAAAUGAUACGAUGCUAGGGGGUGGGGUGGAGGGGCUUGUUAAGGGGGCGAGAGUGUUCACGUGUUAUGUAGGUAGGUACCAGAUGGACUUGGCAUUGAACUGUACUUGCAGUGAGUCCCUGUAGUCAAUGUGCAAUUUCUCUCAUUCUGAGAAACAUUUUAGACUUUGCCUGGGUUUUACUAGGUCAACAUAGAAUGCUCUCAGUUUACCUCUGUGGAAUGUUCAACUCAAAUAUUCGGUCAGUUAAAGGAAACAUGGAUUCCUACUCAGAGUUGACCAAGUCAUCUGACCCAAAGGGUCUUUGUAGGUGGGAAGAGAGUGGAGCAUCUUGAUAAUGUCACGUUUGUGGCUCCCAUUUUGGGUAGAAGAAUAGCUCUUCGCCUUUUUACCUCAAGGCUCUGUCUCUCUAUAGCAGACCUUUAGACUUGGAGCCUGAAACGGUUUGUCUCUGUUUUGCCGUUCUCGUUUUUCAUGGUUUCGUUCAUCUCAGCUUUCAGAACAGGUGUUCUAAAACUCGGGGGCCUUCUGACGGUUCUGAAGUGAUUUAAUAAUGGCACUUUUUACAAGGUAUAUUUUCCUGACUCUAAAGCACAUUGUAUUUUUCCAUUGACCUCAUCGAAGACCUUUCCACAUCUAGGCAUUUUUAACUUAAGAUGUUAACAAAGGUGGCAUUUUUUCAUGAUAGCUUAUCUUUUGCCCUCACAGAUUAGAAAGGGGAAAAUCACUAUUUUUUUUGAAAGUGGAAAUAAAAUUGAACCCCAGUCACAAAGUAUAUAUACAGUUGUGAAACUCAAAGUCUGCACCUUUGAGGCCGAGGCCACAAGAAAGAGCUGUUCCUUGUGUACUACCAGGCCCUGUUCUGUCCCAAGGUACAGUUCCCUUAUAAAACCUCAGGCACUUAACUCUUUCUUCUAAGGGAUUCCUUUCUAGAAUAUCUCUAUCUAACUAUCCUAGUUAGGACUACUUUGUAGCUCAAUUACAACGUUUAGCAUCCUUGCAAAGUUACUUGAGAAGGCUCUGGUAUCAGUGUAAAGACUAUAUUUACGUAAAAGCAUGGACUUCUCCAUAGUGGAUUUAAGCAGGACAUACCUGUGAUACAGAGCUUCUGCCCACUGUGCAGGUAGCCAUGGUAGUCAUUAGCACUGGCCAGGACUUCUGUGGUCCGGCUCUAAUCCUUUGCAUGUCAACAUUCAGCAGGUCACUGUUGCCAGCUAGCCAUGACAAUCAUUUGAACUCAAUCACAGACAUCAGCCUGUGGUUUGAUCCCCUGGCAGGUCCCUUGAGCCAGGCUUGAGAAAUGCUGGUGUGGGACUCCUUACAUCUUCCCAGUCUUUUUCAUUUGCCAUGACAGAAAGGGCCCUUGGCCUCCCUGGCCCCGUCCCAGCAUUCUUCACCAGCACUGAGCUCAGUGAAAAGAAAAGGAAAGAGCCAGGAGUCGGACUUUAAGCCUCCAUGUUCCUCUUUCCGGUGUAGAAAUACUGGUGUGCUACCAUCCACUUUAUGAAGGAGGGCGAGUGGGUCAGUGAAGAAGGGGCCUUCUCUUUUUUCUAAUUGCACUAUCCUUGUUCUAGCUUCAGUUUGGAGAUAUUUAAGACCUCCAUGGGGUCAUGAUCCAUAGACUUAGCAAGUCUGGCCUUAUCUAUGGAGCUCGAUGGUGAGAAAUGUGACCAUUGUCUGAUGUCCAUAGUUGAUGUCCCCUAGGUUUUUUCUUUCCACAGAUUGUGUUAAUCUGAACCAGUUUAUUUUUUAUUCACCAAAGUACUGUACUUGGCUAUCUGCAGUGUUUUCAAAACCAAAUGUUUCUUUUUUUUUUUUUUGUCUUUUUAAUCUUCAAUACUUGGUGCAAUAGAAGCUGCAAAGAUGUGCCACUUUAUGAAAUAGAGUUUUGUAUACCAAUAAAUUCUGGUUUAAAAACAAAGUCUCAAGUUGUUUUUACCAGUAUUUGACCACAGAGUGAAUGAAACUGGGAGAGCAUUUUGGGAGAUGUCCUUUUCAGAGACAAAGCUUUGAGUGGAAGAUGUGUGUACGUAUCAGACUGAAUGUUGUUCCAGAGUGCUCCAGCUCUGACUGCAUGGAAAGCAUCUGAUUGUAGCCUUCAUACAGUUACCACACAGUAACUGAACACUUGAGAUUCUCUCUGGUCGUUUGGAGUUGGCUAAAUAUAGAGCAGCUGUCUCUGCUGGCUUCCACCUGGGGGUUCCUCUAGAACUGUGAGGGUUGGUUUGACCCCAUUCAAAGUGGAGGCACACUCUGCCUGACAACGUGGACAGUGUGUGACCGCAGCACAGACUCACCUAGAAGAGGGAUGUGUCCACGCAAGUGGGAGGGGAAUCCCUCAGCAGAUCCAGCAUGGGCCAAUUUUGGACCUGGGGCUCCUGAGGGCUUUGGGGCUGGCUCAUCAGGCCUCACCAUGUCCUCCUGAUUUUGACCUCAAGACUCCCGCUCUUAAUUUUGUACUAAUCAAGCAGCCUUCUGAAUUGGCUCCCUAGACCCUUGAUAACAAGGGGUUGGGGUAGGGUGGUACCCUGGAUGUAAAUAUUCCAACCACUGGGAAAGAGGUUCUCCCAUGGUCGCUUAGACUGUCCUCCUUGUCUGAUUUUUAGCCUCCACCCACAGCUGAGAGACUGAUGAACUCUGGGUAGACAAACACUGUCCAAUUUUACUUCUGGACCCCGUUAGUCAACAGGUUCUUUCAGAAAGACCCUGCUAGGACCAAAGUAAUGUCCCAAUUUAGGUAAUCCUCCCCAACUCCUGUUCAAAAACCUUCAUGACUUCCUAAUUCCCUCACUGCAGGGACUCAGCAGGGGUCAGGUGGCCACAUGCUAGGGUUGUAGAAAGGCUUUCUGCCCCGGCAGAUGUUGGAGGAGGUGACCUGUAAGAUCCUGUUUGUGAAAUUCGAUGAGUCUCUAAAGACAGAAAUGUUCUCAGGCAAGGUAGGGAAUAAAUAAAAAACACAUAAGUUUAUAUUUUCCUUUAGGCUAGAGCAUUUCUAGCUCUGGGUGAAUGUCAGUUUAUGAUGCCAAAGAUGGAAAUACAUAAGGGAAGAAGCUGCUGGGCCCAUGUCCCUCCUGGGUAACCUACUCAUGGUUAUGGUUGCCUAGGAGAAAACAGGAUUAAAAACCCAGGGGUUUAGUUACCCAUCCAUCAGACACUGCCAAGCACUUAGCCUUCCUCUUGCUGUACCUUCUUUUCCCCCAGUUGCACAUGAAUGGUAUGUGUGGCUUGAGAUACAAUAGAAAUUUGUCAAAUCCUCUCUUCCAGUGUGGUGUUGGCUGGACUACUGGACAAAGUGCGUACUCUUGGACCAUCGUUAUGCAGAGAUUUAGAACUUUUUUGGUUCAAAAGGAUUGAGACCAAUCCUCUACUUCGUAGAUUUUGGCUUGGCAGACAGGAAAUUUUUCUACCUCCUUGGAGAAAUUUGUCUGAAUCCCUCAGUGGUAGAGGGUCUUAGGUAUCUCAGGAUCUCUCUUCUAUUCAGUGUAUUCAUCCAAGCAUUCAAGCAUCCAUCCCACAUUUACUGAAGCUCUACUGUGUAUGAGUUCUUAUCUCUGGGUAUUGAAUCAGUCAUGGGCUUAGCCCUCAAAAAGCUUCCAGUCCAGGAGUGAAAGUAGGUACGUAACUAUGAUCCCAGGAGAACGCAUAGCAUUAAGGAGGUUCUGGCGAGAAGGUUGUGAAUUUAGAAGAGAAACCAAGUUGGGGAAAGUGACAUUUGCCCUAGACUUGAAAGGGGAGAAAGGAUGUGGACCAAGUGGAAAUGCGGAGCCAAGUCAUUUUGUCGGGUGAGCAUAAGCAAAAGCCUGGAGGUGGCCUGCCCCAGGUGUUAGUUUAUUGAUGGUUGCCAUUGAGUUGAUUCACUCUCAUGGCAACCCCAAGUGUGCGGAAUAGAACUACUCCGUGCGGUUUUCAAGGCUGUGACCUUUCGGGAACAGAUCGCGAGGCCUGUCUUCCAAGGUGCGUGUGGGUGGGUUUGAACCACCAAACUUUUGGCUAGUAGUCCAGAGUUUAACCAUUUGUGCCACCCAGGGACUCCAAGAAAGUUUAUUAAGGAUAAACAGUUGGUCUGGAGAAGGAUCGGGAACUUCAAAUACUUCUCACGUGCCUCUGUGACUGGAAGAGUAAUGCCGUACUUGCUGAGUGAGUUCCAAGGACCGGGCAUACUGUACUUAGUCCAGCCUGAUGGCUCUUUGCAGUGUCUGCAGUUGGACUGUGUGUGCAUGCUGACCUUGGAACACGUGACAGGUAGCAGCCCUCUGGGAAGGGUGCUGCGCACCGUCUCUCCAGCCAGUUUUACUGUGUGAGAUCAGCCUAGGGGCACUGAAGGUUAAUGCUUCUCAAACAUAUGUCCUUUUAAGAUAAAUGAAGAACAUUCAGAUCAUAGUGAGCCAACGGGCUAUUCAAAUAUAUUAGUGUGGUAUUUAUCAUAUGUGUGAUGCCACUUUCCUAAAAUAGUUCCAUUGUCAUGUACCCAUGGGUUCAGUUGGACAAAUAUUUACUUAGCACUUACGUGAUGGAUGCAAUAGAGGAGGCAAAAAUAUAUAAGGUGACCUAGCACAGCUAGAGCGUCUAUGAUGCCCCAAGCACUUUGAACAAUGCACUGUCUCAUUGAAACCUUAAGACCACUCUGAGGCUGAAGGUUCUAUCCUCAUUUUACCACUUGUCAUUGAGUUGACUCCAACUCAUGGCAACCCUCAUUUCCAAGGGAAUAAAUUACUGGCCCAAGAUCACCUAUCAGAAGCAGAUGUAGGAUUUGAACCCAGGGCAGUCUGCCUCUGCCGUGUACAAGAACCCGAAUAACUGUAGUUUAAGCAGUGCUGGGAAACAAACGGAUUGCUUGGCAGUUCAAAGGAAGACAGAAUUUGCUCCAGCUGAAAGAGCAUUAUGGAAAAGGAGGCAUUUGAGGUGUGCCUUGAGGCAUGUGGAUUCUAACAUGGUGAUGAGCCUGUAAACAAAGGAAGUUUUUAGGUUGAGGGAAGCUACUGUGCAAAGGUGCGAAGGCAGGGAAGAAGUGGGCAUGCCCUAGGAAUGGUGAAGAGAUAGAGCAGUAGGUAUGGCUGGAGAAGAGGCUGGGCAAGCAGAUACCAUCUUGAUUACCAAGGAUUCUUGGUGGACAGUGGCAAGCCACUGAGAUGCCAGGGCAGAGGAGUGACAUGAUGGCAAUCAAGUUAUGGGAAACUGAAGCUGGCCUGGGUGGACAGGAGGGAGACUGGAUGGAGGAUGGAGGGCUUGAGGAACCAUUGGUCCUGAUACUCUGUUUCUAGCUUGGUUAUAGCACUUACUGUUAUAGGAUAAUUGGUGAUGGCUGCCUGUCGGUUGACCAUGUCUGAUUCAUCUCCAUCUCCAGCAUUCAGCAAAGGGCCAGGAGCAUAGCUGUUAUAAACACGUAUUGAAGGAAAGAUGCACUUUAUCAAAGCAGUCAGUUCUCUACUGGUGAUACUGCAAAGAACCCCAAAGAAGCAGAGGAAUGUCCAUGAAAUCAAGAUCAGACUCCAGCCAACUCAGGCGUUCCAACGUGACUUCUAAUCACUUAUUCAGCAAGUUGUAAUUGAACACUUCAUGCAUAGCUUUUGUUGGAUGCUAAGUAGGAACAGAAGCCAAAACAAUCCAAAAUCGUGUCGUCAGAAUAUUUAGGUAACAAAGUUCCUUCCCCAGCCAUGAUGCAGUCUCCUCGCCUCAUUCAUUCAUUCAUUAGGUUCUUCACUUCGUGGGUUAACAACACAUAAAGCGCUUGGAACAGUGCCUAGUAAAUGCCAAGCACUUAAUAAAUGUUAGUUAUUAUUAUCAUAGGAGUCUGGUGGAGCAAAAGGUUAAGUGCUUGGCUGCUAACCUAAAGGCUGAUGGUUUGAGUCCACCCGAGGUGCCUCGGAAGAAAGGUCUGACGACCUAGUUCAGGAAAAUCAGACACUGAAGCCCUACGGAGCACAGUUCUACUCUGACACACACAUGGGGGUUCCAUGAGUUGACUCGACAACAGCUGUUUCUUAUUAUUACCCAAAGAUUCACUAAACAUGACUGUUUUUAUGUGCUAGGCGUUGUUUUGUGUACUUUCACACAAGCUGACUUGUUUAAACCUUGCAAAAACCAAACUGCAAGGGAAAUGUCCUUGUUCUAUCUUACAAAUGUAGAAGCUAUUUUGUUGCCAUGUGUUAAAACUUCUCAGAGGGUAACGUGUACACAAGUCACCCGGAGCUCUUGUUAACAUAAAGAUUCUAAUUCAGCAAGUCUGGGGUGGGGUGCCAGCUUCUGCGUUUCCAACAAGAUCCCUGAUGCUGCUCUCUAUGCCCCAUGCUGUGAGUAUGAGGCUCGAGAACAGACCCACUGCUGCCAAGUGGCAGAGCAAAGGUCUAUCUAUACCUGGAAUCUCUGACUUCUAAGUCAGGGUUCUUUUUUUUUUUUCAGGGGGAGUGGUCUGGUCCUUUUCAUAAGCCUGCAGCUUGAAAUCAAGUGUUUGUACUAUACACACACACACAAGGGCACAUUUACAUGCACAUGUGCGCAUGUACACACACACACACACACAAAUGGAAUUUAGACCUAUUUAUUCAUUCAUCAAACAUUUAUUGAGCACGGGGAAAACAAAGGGCAAGACCUGAUCUGUGGUCAAGAGGCUCACAGCCUAGUGAGGGUUGAUCAUAACAGGCUACUCUGUGCUCUUGUUCUUAGGUUCCAAUUUUUACUUUGUCAGACAGUUAUGCAAUUGAAGGUCACCAGUUACUUAUCCCGUUGGUAUCUUGAGUUCAUCAUGCCCAGGACAUAACUUUUCUUCAUCUCGCCCAAGACAGCUCCUUCUUCUUUUCUUUCUUAGUUCUGCAGUGGCACCAUCGUUUUAAGAUGGUUGUGAAGUCUUAUUUGGUAAUUUAUCAGCAUAUUUAUUAUUGAAAGUGAGAUGAGACUAAUUUUACUGGCCCAGAAUCACUUUCUCACCUGAUGAAAGAAAAUCUAGUUUGAAGGCAUAUUUAGGUUCUUGGGUGUUGUAAAUGGCUAAUGUUCUUGGCAGCUAACUGAAUGAUUGGAGAGUUGAGUUCAUCCAGGGGUGUCUCGGAAGAAAGGCCGGGUGAUGUACUUCUGAAAAAUCAUUGAUGGAAACUCUACGGAGGCCAGCCUACUCCGACACACAAGGCGUUUGGCCUGAGUAGGAAAGGACUCCACGAUAACUUGGCCUGUUGGUAAAUAGCCUGAAUAAAAUGGACACCAGAGGGCGCUUCAGGACCGUUUUUUUU